AUGGCAGCGACAGGCGGCAGCCGAAGAGCCAAAGGUCUAAGCGAUCAGGGAACGGGAUUGUACGAAGCAGGCCUACGCUUUUGGCAGAAGAGCUAUGCCGGUGAUUACCUGGGUUUGGUGUUGUUGUUGGCAGCAUAUCUGGCUGUCCAGCUGGUUGCGGAGCCCUUCCACAAGAUGUUUCGUCUGGACAAUGCGAGAAUACAGUAUCCCCAUGCUGAGAUGGAGACGGUACCUGCACUAUGGCUCUUCAUAUAUGGCGGCGCCGUCCCUUUAGCGACUCUCAUCGUCUGGACCGUCACCUUCCGUCCCAGCAUCCACAAAGCGCAUGUAACGAUCCUCGGCCUCGCGACCACCAUCCUCCUUACCCUCAUUAUCACGGACAUGCUCAAAAAUGGUGUCGGUCGACCACGCCCAGACCUCAUAGCACGCUGUAAACCCGCCGACUCUACUCCAACGGACAUACUUGUGACUUGGAAAGUGUGCACAGAGACACAGCAUAACCUCUUACACGAUGGUUGGCGCAGUUGGCCGAGCGGACACUCGAGUUUCGCAUGGUCAGGGUUGGGAUACUUGGCGCUAUUUCUGGCCAGCCAGACCCAUGCGCUGCGGGCGAGGGCUAGCCUGGCGCUUGUUCUGUUGUGUCUGCUGCCUCUUGCCGGUGCGUCUUUCGUGGCGAUCAGUCGGUUGGAAGACUACCGGCACCAGGUCGAGGAUGUCAUUUGCGGGAGUUUGCUGGGUAUGGGCAUCGCCUACUUCAAUUGGCGGAGAUACUAUCCGAGCCUGCUGAGCGAGUCGUGUGACGAGCCGCACGCACCACGGGGAAGCGGCAAGUUGGGCGCGAAUGGCGGGUUCCAGCGGGUGAGAGAUGAGGAAGAAGGCCGCUUCAGUAUCAGCGACGAGAGCGGUGCUCGAAGAUGA